UACCCUUUUCUUUACAAAACCCUAACCCCUUCAUAUUCUAAAAUUCCAAAAUUCUUUUUUAAUAAUUCUCCAAAUGCCUUCAUCUGACGAACGACUGUUGGAUAGCGAUUCUGAUGAUGGGUUCAAUGAAGACAUGGAAGCUUUGAAGCGAGUUUUUCAGUUAACCGGCACAAACCCUGAUGACCACGAAGGAUCGCUCUCUAUGGCGUCCUAUUCCGCCGGCGGCGGUGGUGUUUUAUUGGAGCCUGAAUCUGAUGAUGAUGAUGAUGAUGAUGGGGAGGAUGACAUUGAAUUAGUGCGCAAUAUUCGGAAACGAUUUGCGAGUUCGACCGAGGCUGAGGAGCCUCUGACUCUGAAACCUCUGUUGACGCUACCGCCACUUGGGUUGGAUAGUGAUGAUGGUGAUGAUGAUGAUUUUGAGACCCUACGUGCCAUCCGACGGCGUUUCAUGGCCUAUGAUGAUGGUGCCUUGAAAGACAGCGUGGAUGAUUUUUUGUAUAUACCUGAGCAGGUGGGCGCUACUGUCGUAGAUUGGGAAAAGGAAACUUCCAAUAAUUUCAUUGUUAAAAGAACUAAUGCACAGGAAGGGUUUUCUAAUUGUGUAGAUACAAAAGAAGCUGCUGCCCAGGUGACAGAAGCAUGUGAUGAUGAAAGUGUUGUUGGUGAAAGGCCUUCUAACUUAUUUGAGUGGGACGGGCCAAGAACCAAUGAUGUUGCUGGGUUACCAGUUAGAAAUUCUGAUUUCCCGAGUUCAGCACUGGCAUUUGUUGAUGCCAUCAAAAAGAAUAGAUCUUGUCAAAAACUUAUGCGAAGUAAGCUGGGAGAGAUAGAAGCAAGGAUUGAAGAAAUUAAAAGGCUGAAGGAUCGUGUCAAAAUUUUGAAAGACUUUCAGGUUGCAUGUAGAAAGCGAACUGGGCGAGCUUUUUCACAAAAGAAGGACGAUCGUGUGCAGUUAAUAUCAGUGCCAAAGCUAAGAGCGAAUGCAAAGGUCUGUGUCAGUGUUGUUAUUUUCUGUUACCGUAUUUUAAUGUUUUCUUUGUUGUUUAGUCAAUCUCUUUUAUUCACGCUGAGAUCUUAUGAAGCGGAUAAGGUCAUUCGACUUUCAUGGACAUUGUUUUUGUCUUUUAAAAUAAUGAAUUAUAUGAAACUAAGGAGGUAUAUAGAGAUAAUGAGUAGAAAUGAAAUGAUGCUGGAGAAAGACUCUUAUAUGUUGUCUAUUUUCAGUGCUGGAGAUGGAUCUUCUGGAGAUUCAAAUAAUGUUGAUAGCAUUGUUGCAUCAAUAAAAGAUCUUGAUAUAACCCCUGAGAUAAUGAGAUCAUUCCUGCCCAAGGUCGACUGGGAACAACUGGCUUUCAUGUAUGUUCCUUGCCGCACUGGUGUAGAAUGUCAAGCAAGGUGGCUGAACUUUGAAGACCCUUUAAUCAAUAGACAUCCAUGGACUACAAUGGAGGACAAGAAUCUUUUGUAUAAUAUCCAGCAGAAGGGUCUAAGUAACUGGAUAGAUAUUGCUGUCUCACUGGGAACAAAUAGGACCCCUUUUCAAUGCUUAUCACGCUACCAAAGGAGUCUUAAUGCUUCAAUACUCAAAAGGGAGUGGACAGAGGAGGAAGAUAAUCAACUCCGUUCUGCUGUAGAAAACUUUGGUGAGAGUAGUUGGCAACUUGUUGCUUCCCUGAUCGAAGGACGGACAGGUACCCAGUGCUCUAAUAGAUGGAUGAAAACACUUCAUCCGACCAGGAAAAAGGUUGGAAGAUGGACUGAAGAUGAAGACAGACGCUUGAAAGUCGCGGUUACAUUUUUUGGGCCAAAGACAUGGAAGAAAGUAGCUCAGUUCGUGUAUGGACGGACACAGGCACAGUGCAGAGAAAGAUGGGUCAAUUGCUUGAAUCCUUCUUUGAAUCUGGCUGCAUGGACUGAAGAAGAGGAUUCAAAGUUGGAAGCAGCCAUUUUAGAACACGGAUAUUACUGGUCAAAAGUUGCUUCAUGUGUUCCUCCACGUACUGAUAAUCAGUGUCGUAGGAGAUGGAAGGUGCUGUUUCCACAUGAAGUGCCCCAGCUUCAAGCAGCUAGAAAGAUACAAAAGGUGGCACUUAUUUCCAAUUUUGUGGAUAGGGAGUCAGAGCGACCUGCCCUUGGACCUAAUGACUUUGCUCCUUUGCCAAAUUGUAUCACUGAAUCCAAUAAAGUUGACCCUUCUAGUAGAAAAAGAAGAAGAUCAAGGCGAGGAAAGAAUUGUACUGGAAAAAAUGCUCCUCCUGGUGAGAUCUCCCCAGAAGAAGUUUCGAGGUUAACAAAUGGCAAUGAGAUUGAGAAUGUGCAUGGCAGAUCUUUCCCAAGGAAGAAAAGGAGCAGAAGGUUGCAUUCAGUUAAGGGAAAAAGAUGGAUAUCUCAACCUUCCGAGGAAUGUGAAGGUUCUAAUCCGACAGAAGGACAUCCAUCACCUCUUACUGAUCCAAAUAUAUUGAUGAUAACCAUGGGUGAUGAGUUAGUUGAUGUUGGUGAGGAAGAUGCUAUUGACAUUAACAAGGCUUCUAAACUACGUCCAAGAAGGAGAUGUAAUGAAUCCCAUGGGGAAGCGCUGGAGACUGAAAGUACGGUGGUGAGAGAUGCAAAUUUAUUGAAGACGAAAAAGAUAACCAAUGAUAAGAACAAAGGCACUGAUGCUGCAAAUGGGGAUGUUAGCAAGAAACGUAAUAAGCAUUUCAGGAGCAAU